AUGGCACCGCCGAUAAUGCUUCCGAGGCCUGUCUGUGGGGAAGAAAGGCCGCAGUCACGCGAGAGAUCGCUGAGUUACGAGUUUGUACUUGAGGAUGAGUUUGACGCGCUCUGCGUUGAGGUGAAGACGAGUGAUGAUGACUCUAGCGGUAAAAGCAGCAGCGGUAACAAGUAUCCUGCAAAACUACAUGCGCGCAAGGUUGUCAAAGAGCUUGGCGUUACUGAUGGCCUCAUCUAUCUUCCUGGUGAGCCUACGCGGCUCUAUGAGGACUCGGACCAAUCACCUCCUUUCAAGCAACGUAGAUACUUCUAUUAUCUGAGUGGUGCUGACUUUCCCGACUGUGCCGUCACUUACGAGAUUGCUACUGACCGUCUCACCCUCUGGAUCCCCUACUCUGAGCCGCGUCAGGUCUUGUAUCAUGGCCCAACUCCAGACGCCGCAGAGGCUAUGCGCAAAUACGACGUUGACGAUGUUCGGUACACAGCUCAGUUGUCCAAGUUCUUGCACGGCCACCUUCGCCCUGAAAAGACUCUCUACGUCCUUCACUCGGAUCAGGCUCCCAAAUUGAACGAUCGGCCUCGAGGACAGACCCAAAUCAACUGCUCCAAGCUACGUCCUGCCAUGGAUCAGGCUCGUGUGAUCAAGACGGAGUAUGAAGUUGCGCUGAUCCGCCGUGCCUCACGCAUCUCUUCUGCGGCUCAUCGUGCUGUUGCUGAACGUCUACUCACCAUGCGCAAUGAGCAAGACGUUGAGGCAGUUCUCCUCGCAGCUUGUACUUCACGCGGUGCGCAUGCUCAAGCGUAUCCUAUCAUUGCUGGCGCCGGCAUUAACGCUUCUAUCCUCCACUAUGGAGCCAAUAACCAAUCCCUUGAGGGGAGGCAAUUGAUUGUUGUCGACGCUGGCUGCGAAUACCAAUGCUACGCCAGCGAUAUCACUCGCACCCUUCCCGUCAACGGAAGCUUCUCCAAGGAAGCCGCUGCGAUCUACUCUAUUGUGCAGCGCAUGCAGGAGGAGUGCAUAGCGCGCGUCCGACCUGGAACGGUCUACUAUGAGCUCCAGCUUCAUGCCAGCGACGUGGCUCUUCAGGGCUUGCGCAAGUUGGGUCUCUUAAAAGGUAGUUUUGAAGAGAUCCAGAAGGCGGGCACUGUCGCUGCCUUCUUCCCUCAUGGCUUGGGCCAUCAUAUCGGUCUCGAGGUCCACGAUGUUACUGGCUCCGAGCGUCUCUUGAUGAGGGAUAACUUCCACGUCGAAGGCGGAAAGCGUGAGAUGGUGACAGCCACGGCUUUGGUGGCCAUGCAUCGCAUGGCUUCGGCUUCGGUGCCUACAAAGCCAAGACAAGCUCUCCAGCCCAACAUGAUUGUGACUAUCGAGCCAGGAAUUUAUUUCUGCCGCCCUUUCAUUGACGGUUAUUUCCUGAACAACUCCACACAUGCCAAAUUCAUUAACAGGGAGCUCCUCGAGACGUACUACCCCGUUGGCGGCGUGCGCAUCGAGGACGACAUCCUAGUCACACACAAUGGUUAUGAGAACUUGACUUCUGGCGCGCCCAAGGGCGAUGAGAUGCUUGACGUGGUCAACGGCAGCUUUGAGAAGAUUUAA